AUGAGCUGUGUCAUGAGCUUCUUCGACCCGUUAGGAUUGUUGUCCUCCUUCACGUUCUUCGGGAAACUUUUAAUCCAGGACUUGUGGCGAAGUGGCUGCGAUUGGGACCAGCAAAUCGAUCGAGAGUGCACUGAAAAAUGGAAUCACUGGAUCGCCAGGUUACCCGAAGUAGAGAAAGUUCGGAUUCCUCGCUGGUAUUUUCAAGGUGGGCAGGUCGGUCAAAAAGAAUACAGCAACAUACAGCUGCAUGUCUUUGUUGACGCAAGCGAGAACGCCUACGGUGCCGCGGCGUACUUCCGGAUCGAGACGCCUAGCGGUCCAGUGUGCUCUCUGGUGAUGGCACGAUCAAAAGUGGCACCGUUGAAGCAUUUGUCGAUUCCUCGCCUGGAGCUGCAAGCGGCCGAGCGAGAAGCUAAGCUCGCCAAUUCUAUCGUCGAAAUGCAUUCUCUGGAGGUAAAGCAGCGAUACAUCUGGAGCGACUCAAAGACAGUGCUGUCGUGGAUCCAUUCAGACCAUCGCCGGUAUAAACAGUUCGUCGCUUACCGGAUUGGCGAAAUCCUUAACCUCACGAAGCUGGACGAAUGGCGCUGGGCUCCAACAAAGAUCAAUAUAGCUGACGCGAUGACGAAGUGGACGAAAAAGCAUAGCUUGUGUUCUGAUGGACCGUGGUUCCGUGGUCCAGAUUUCCUCUACCAAUCGGAGAACAAGUGGCCGAAGCAGGACAGAAUCACGCCGAACGUUGCAGAAGAGAUUCGGGCUUGUCUCCUGUUCCACGAUGUUGCAGUAACAGACCCGAUGGUGGAUGUUCAUAGGUUUUCGAGAUGGAAGGUGCUAGUCCGAACGAUAGCAUGCGUAUUCCGAUUUGUGACAAACUGCAGAAGAAAGCGAGAUGGAUUGAGCAUCGAAGCGUUACCGACAACCGACAAGAUAAAGAAGCUUGUGAAGAAAAGCAUACCGACAUCGAUGACGCCAUUGAAACGAGAGGAGUAUCUAAAGGCCGAGACGUACUUAUGGAGAUCAACGCAGGCAGAGGCCUUCAUGGACGAGGUCAAAGUGUUGAAGAAGAAUCUGGAGCUUUCAAGCGGCAGCUGGCGACCAAUAGAGAAGUGCAGUUCCAUCUACAGCCUAAGUCCAUUUCUAGACGAGCAAGAGGUCUUGCGAAUGGAGGGUAGAACGGCGCGAGGAUCGUCUCUACCAUUCGAGCUUAGGUUCCCAAUUAUUCUGCCGAAGAAACAUCCGGUGACCGACAAGCUACUCGAGCACUAUCACCAGCAACUUGCCCACGGGAACGUAGAAACUGCCGUCAAUGAACUGCGACAGCGAUUCUACAUUCCAAGUAUGCGGACGAGGAUGAAGCAGAUCGGGAAGGCAUGCGUCUGGUGUAAAGUGAAGAAGUGUCAGCCGCAGAACCCACGUAUGGCCCCGCUCCUGAAGUCACGUGUCACGCCGAAUUUGACACCGUUCAGCCACACUGGUGUAGAUUAUUGUGGACCGUUUGCGGUAACCGUCGGACGCAGAUCGGAGAAGAGAUACAUCUGCUUGUUUACUUGCAUGUCAACUAGGGCUGUCCACCUCGAAGUAGCUCACAGCUUGACGACACAAUCGUGUCUAAUGGCUAUCCGACGUUUCGUGUGUCGUAGAGGCAAGCCGUUGGAGCUCUACUCCGAUAACGGGACGAACUACCAAGCAGCCAGCAAAGAAGUCAUGAAGCAGAUAGCAAUGGAUCUUGAAGACACCUUCACCGAUGCCAGAACUCGGUGGAACUUCAACCCGCCAAGCGCACCUCACAUGGGCGGGGUCUGGGAGCGGUUGGUUCGCUCUCUCAAGACUGCACUGAGCGUUCUCAACGGUGGGCGAAAGCUGACCGAUGGAAUUCUGAUGACUACACUUGCGGAAGCGGAAGACUUGAUCAACUCGCGCCCUCUAACGUACGUGUCAUUGGAGCCAGGAGUAGAUGAAGCCCUGACGCCGAAUCACUUCAUUCGGGGCGUCGGCCCACAGGUGGAACAUGCCGUUCAACCAACAAGCGAAGCAGAAGCUCUACGUGAUCGUUACAAGCGGUCGCAAUCACUAGCGGACGCGCUGUGGAAACGGUGGAUCAACGAGUACCUGCCGUCCAUCAACCAGAGGACGAAGUGGCAUUCGGAGUCACCACCACUAAGCCGUGGGGACCUAGUCUACGUAGCUGAUGAUACCAUACGGAAGAACUGGGUACGUGGCAUCGUCGUCGAAACCAUCCCAGGCACGGAUGGAAAGAUCAGGCAGGCGAUAGUCAGGACUGCUAAGGGUGAAUGCAGGCGGCCAGUAGUGAAGCUCGCGGUGCUGGAAGUCCAGGAUCGUAAAUCUGGAUUGGAGGCAUCCCCACCAGAGUUACGAGGAGGGGGUAUGUGCGCACCGACGAGCAAUGAGAACAAUCCUUGCGACGAAUCCUACCCCGAGCCGAUGGACUUUGCUAUCAAAUGUCAACGGGAUGGUGAGUUAGCGAGUAGGUAG